AUGUCCGACUCAGCAGGCGCCAACGCACCCAAGCCGAGCAGCAGCGUCAAGCUCGUGUUGCUGGGUGAAGCUGCAGUGGGCAAGUCGUCGCUUGUGCUUCGAUUCGUCAACAACGAUUUUCAGGAGAACAAGGAGCCCACCAUCGGCGCGGCCUUCCUGACACAGAAAUGUACCCUCCCAACACGCACGAUCAAGUUUGAGAUCUGGGAUACCGCCGGCCAAGAAAGAUUUGCGUCGCUCGCCCCUAUGUACUACCGCAAUGCCCAAGCCGCCCUUGUCGUCUACGAUGUCACAAAGCCUUCGUCGCUGACUAAAGCAAAACACUGGGUCGCUGAACUGCAGCGCCAGGCAAGCCCCGGGAUUGUCAUUGCACUUGUUGGUAACAAGCUGGACUUGACCAAUGACGGUGGCGAUGCCUCCGCGGCCCCUGAGCCUGUUACCGAGUCUGUUGGUGCCGAAGGAGAUGAGACCACCAAUGAGGUGGCCGAGGACGCCACCCCUGGUGAUGCCCGAAAGGUGUUCACUCGUGAAGCCAACAGCUAUGCGGAAGAGGAGAGCUUGUUGUUUUUUGAAACUAGUGCCAAGACCGGUACCAACGUGGUGGAUGUGUUCACAGCAAUUGCCAACGCCAUUCCCGAGAGCAGCCUCAAGACUGGCCGGGGUGCUGCCGGAUCUGGACAGACUGCUCUCGGCGGACGCUCUGGAGAAGACUCUCGGGUAAAUCUGGGUGAGCGAAAUGCUGCGACGGCCAAGGAGGGCUGCGCUUGUUGA